CACACGUGUGGAGCCAUGGCGGACCUACAGAUGAAAUUACUGCGGAAGAAAAUUCAAAAAAGGAGUGAAAAGAAUAAAGAACGCAAACUCCUAAAGAAUCAGAAAGAAAGCCAAGAAGAAGAUGCCAGUGCUGUGAUUGGAGAAUGUAAUGCAGAAGUGAAUGACGAGACUGUUUCACCUCCUGAGACGGCUCAAAAUGACCAGCCGGCAAAAAAACAAGACGACGUAUCCACAGAAAACAUGAAUGCUGCUGAGCAGAGCUCUGUCAAAAAGAAGAAAAAGAAGAGGAAGCUGGACAACAUAAAUAACUCAACUUCUACGGGUCCAAAGAAAUCUAAACAGGCUAACGAUCAUUCAGAGGAACAAAAUUCUGAGGAAAUGGUGGAGGAAGCAGAGGUGGAGAGUGAUGAGAAAGAUGUAGAAGGUGGAGAUUCAGAGAUGGCUUCAGAAACACCUGAAACAGAAGAGAAUGCACCUGAAGGAGGGCAGGAAGAGAAGGAUAGUAUUAAAGAUGAGGAUGAAGAAGAGAAUGAUGAUGGACCUGCACUUCCAUCUGGACUGACAGGGGCAUUUGAGGACACAUCGUUUUCCUCCCUGGCUGAGCUAGUGAGUGAGAACACUCUGAAAGGGAUAAAGGAGAUGGGUUUUGAACAUAUGACGGAGAUUCAACACAAAUCCAUCCGGCCCUUACUGGAGGGGAGAGAUGUCUUGGCAGCUGCUAAAACAGGCAGUGGAAAAACCUUGGCCUUUCUCAUCCCUUCCAUUGAGCUCAUCUACAAACUCAAAUUCAUGCCUAGAAAUGGUACGGGGGUGAUUAUCCUCUCGCCCACCCGUGAGUUGGCCAUGCAGACCUAUGGUGUGCUGAAGGAGCUGAUGACUCAUCACGUCCACACCUAUGGCCUCAUCAUGGGGGGCAGUAACCGUUCUGCAGAGGCCCAAAAACUGGCCAACGGCGUCAACAUCCUUGUAGCCACACCCGGACGACUGCUUGACCACCUGCAGAACACACCUGGUUUCAUGUAUAAGAACCUGCAGUGUCUGAUUAUUGAUGAGGCUGAUCGGAUUCUGGAGGUUGGCUUUGAGGAGGAGCUGAAGCAGAUCAUCAAACUGUUGCCAAAGAAGAGACAGACGAUGCUCUUCUCCGCCACGCAGACCCGGAAGGUGGAAGACCUGGCACGAAUUUCUCUGAAGAAAGAGCCGUUAUACGUGGGAGUGGACGACAACAAAGAGGUGGCCACGGUGGACGGUCUGGAACAGGGUUAUGUUGUCUGUCCGUCAGAGAAGAGAUUCCUUCUCCUCUUCACUUUCCUCAAAAAGAACCGAAAGAAGAAACUGAUGGUGUUUUUCUCCUCCUGCAUGUCAGUCAAGUUCCACUAUGAGCUUCUCAAUUACAUUGACCUGCCCGUCAUGGCCAUCCACGGCAAACAGAAGCAAACAAAACGAACGACCACGUUCUUCCAGUUCUGCAAUGCUGACUCGGGCAUCCUUCUGUGCACAGACGUGGCCGCCAGAGGUCUGGACAUUCCUGAGGUCGACUGGAUCGUCCAGUACGACCCGCCCGAUGACCCAAAGGAAUACAUUCACCGUGUCGGGAGAACAGCUCGUGGGAUUAAUGGACGAGGACACGCUCUGCUCAUCCUGAGGCCAGAGGAACUGGGCUUCCUGCGUUUCCUCAAACAGGCCAAGGUUCCACUGAGUGAGUUUGAAUUCUCCUGGAGUAAGAUCUCAGAUAUUCAGUCCCAGUUGGAGAAGCUGAUUGAGAAGAACUAUUACCUGCAUAAGUCGGCGCAGGAGGCGUAUAAGUCCUAUGUGAGAGCGUACGACUCUCACUCCCUCAAACAGAUUUACAACGUCCAGACCCUUGACCUCCCCAAGGUGGCGCUCUCCUUCGGAUUCAAAGUACCACCUUAUGUCGACCUCAACGUCCACAGCAGUAAAGGAGUGAAGCUGCAGAAAAGGGGGGGCGGCGGGGGAUUUGGCUAUCAGAAAUCCAAAAACGUCCACAAAGCCAAAAUCUUCAAACACGUCAACAAAGGCAACAAGGGAGGAGACCGCAGACAGUUUUCUCGCUAAACUCGCACCGUCAGUCUCUCCAUAUUGCUGUUGUCAUCAGUCUUGUCAUAUGAAUAUUUAGAUGAAGUGUAUGACUUGACUCUUCUCCGGAGACCUGUCUAAGCUAAAUGCUUCUGGCUGUCUUUUUGAGAACUGUUCAGACAGACAGCCUCAUGUUAUAGGGUUGACCUGGCUCAAGGUUAGUCCUCUGCAUUCCACAUGUCCCAGCAAGUAUGUCAUUCUCUAUGGAUACCCUUAAAAGUGAACCUUGUCUGAACAUGUAACUUCAUAUAAGUUAAGUUUUGCAUUGUCCUCUUACCCUA